GGCAACCCCAAAUAUUCCGGGAAGUAUAGGGACUGAAAUGUAAAAUGAUCGUCUUUCUUUUAAUUCACUCUGCUUUCACUUUUCAAAUUCCCUUCUCGGCGCGAAUCGCUCGUGGGAGGAGACGAAGAUUGACUGAGAAUGGUGCUAGUAUGCUUCGUCUUGGAUCUGCGCAACAUCUCGCCGUCCCUGAUCGGAGAUCUAAAGCAGAUCGAAUUCGAUUCUCGUAUUCGUGUAUGAACCUCGAAAUCGAUUGUUUCUUCUCGAAUUGCGAAUUUUGUAGUCGUUUCUGAAUCUCGCCAAUCUACACGCCGUUUCGUCUCCGGUAGAUUCUCUCGCUGAUCGGAUUGGUUUGUGUUAUAUCCAGAAGGAUCCGAUUUCUGGAAACGAUCAGUUGAAAGUUGCGUACACUCCCAGUGGAAACUUCUGCCUUCGCGACUUCCAUCACGCUGUUAACAGCUUGCCUAUGGAUGCGUUUGUACCUGAGAUCGAUGAAUCGGGAGCCAUAUCUUGCAGAGAUCUUAAGCUAUCGAGUGUUCUGUGUGAUCGAGCUAUGUACUCGUGGGGAGGUAGAGACAUCAUGAGGAAAGUUAUCGUACUGAGUUCAUGCUUCCCUGAAGAUAUGGAUUCUGAAGCGAGGAACACUCUUAUGGAUGCAGCAGAUAAAUGUGUGUCGGUUGAGUUUCUUUUGCUUGACAAGAGAGCAAGUCAUCUGAGCUAUACGCAGGAGAAGACUAAUAGAUUCCUCAGAUGUCUCUCGGAUCUUGACAAUUGUUCAUUUCAGACUUGCAUCCCAGAUGGAAAAUCACUUCGUGGCCUUGAAAAUAAAUGGCUCCAGGAUCUAAAGGAUGACAGUGGAGAAUCACUGCAGGUCCAAUUUAUCUUCAAACGUAACCUUGUUGGCUCAGUGAACAAGAUCGUCUGCAAUCUAAGUGCAGCCACAAAUCAGAUUGUCGACGGAUUUAAACCUUGUCAAACAUGCAGGUGUCAUGGAAUCCCAGUACGAGAUUCAGUGGAAAUCACAACAGAGAAGCUGCAAUGCUCUGUGACCAAUCAUGAUCUUGGAAAGUAUGAUGUUAUUGAAAGUUCUGUGAAAGUUGGUGAGAGAACUGUUCUGUUUUUGCCUUCAGUAGAUAGCCUCCAGAAACUUCACCCAAUCUCUUCCCAGAUUGAUUUCACAGUAAUUGAGAGGACUAAUCUAACUUCUAUUAAUGAAGGCAUAAUUAUUGGGAGGCCUUACAUUGUAAACCCUUCAACUUGUCAUGAAGCGGAAGAUUCUUCAGAAGAGAUGGAUCAACCAGAUCUGAACACUCAGAUUUUUCAGGGACUAUGUGGUGCAUUAUACUCAAUGGACCAAGGCUUGGUUUGUUCUUCGGACUGUAAUCUGGACACCAGGCAAGUCGUGGAAUUUCAUUGUUAUUACAUUCUUCAACCGUCAGAAAACGGUCCAAUGCUUCUGAGGAGAUUGGCAGGGUCAGAGGAAGUCCUUCCUACUUCCUCCAGUGUCAGUCAGUUUGCUGGAUCCUCUAUUCCUAGAGAAGUCGAGAUUUCUGUCAAAGGCGCUUUGUUAGAGAUUGAAUCAAAAGACUACAAUCCUCUGACUCACAACAGAGGCUUCCACCAAAAACUGAACCUCAUUGUGAAAGAAAGUCUUCAAUUUGGUUCACUACAUUCAAACUUGGACGACGCAACAUGCGAAGUGAGCUCAGCUGUUUCAGAUCCUGUAGUUUCAAUGGCACAGACAUUCCAAUGCAUAACAAAUCCACACAGAGAAGAAGAAACGCGUCAGGAAAUUCAGAUAACUGAUGAAGAAGACAAAGCAACAGCUUCCAUUACUAAAGAAUGGGAACAACUAGUAGUCACUGAGGUUCGCAUGAAGUCUCCUUCUCCGGUUUUGACUACACCCAAACCAAAUACAAACCGCCCAUUUCUGUCGCCUAACAACAAGCAGGCGGAUAUGAAAACGUCUAUGAUAUUGGAAAGACUUGAAGCUCCGAGAAAGAUGAGAGGGAAAGUUGGAUCACCAAGCGUAGUUGUCACAAGUAGUCAAACUUCACCGGAUGUCUCAGUCUUGUCUCAGAAGAAGCCUCUGAUUCCUUUUCAGACUAGUCAGGUUUCAAACCACCAGACUACUUCAUCAAGCCAGCUCAUGAAACCCAGCUUUCAGAGGCUGAAACGAAAGCAUAAGUGAGCUUUCAUGCGUAUAGGAGAGGAGGAACAAGUCAAUAUCCUAUCUCGAAGAGACUUGAACUUCGGAGAAAAGGUAAUAAUGUUCUGCAUUUGCGUUGAAUGAUACAAACAUGAUUAGUUUGUACAAGAACCAAAACUGUAUUAAAUCACAGUAUCUGUACAAUUUCUAUACAAAGUUCUUCAACC